AUGGCUAGCAUUAACCAUUACUUGAAGGCACCGAAUACGCCGAAGAAGCAGACAAAAAACUCUAAGGGAAAGGUCUCUGCCUCUGUUCCUCCCAAGAAGAAACUCUCUCAAGCUGAGUUGAGAACCCAUCUCGAAGCUUUUUUUGCGCAACCCCAACAUUCGGGGUUCAUAUAUAACCCGUCCAAGCCAUACAUGGAUGAGUUUUAUCGCAUGACCAAGCAAUUUGGCUGGAAUUCAAAAGGGAACGAAUAUCAACAAGCGAAAUUUAAGGAGGCUCGCGAAGGGAUUAAUAAGGCUAGUGUUCUUCAGUUCAAUGCGAUCUAUGGAGAAGAUGAGGAGAGUUUGGCGGCCUGGCGCAACCUCUGUGGUGUUCUUGGAAUCGCAAAAAUACCAAAAAGCCGAUUCAGAUGCAGAGAAGCAAGUAGUCCCCUUGUCAAAUCGUCGUAUGUCAAUAUUUGUGACCUUGUAGAUAGCCCUGUGCUACACACCAAGGUCAGGCAUUUCGAUAGCGAGGAGAAGUUGAGUGUAUACACGAAGCGACGGUAUGAUCCAUCAAAACCGUUUAUGGAUGAGUUUUGGCGCCUAGUGAAUACUAACGGGUAUGGUCGCCAUGGAAAGAGGUAUAAAUCGGCACGAAAGGGCGUGAAGGACGCUAUGGUUAGGGAGUUUCAAGACGUCUAUGGUGUCCGUCCUCACAAGCUCCAUGUCUGGCACAAAUUCUUCCAGGCUAUCGGGAUCAAUGAAGAGCCUCGAGACCUUGGUUUGUGCUACAAGCGCGCCAAAUCAAUCAAUUUGAAUAUUUGCGACUUAAUCGACCAAACUGUUACUGGGGUCGCGGUCAAAGAUUUUCCUACCGUUAAGGAACUUAGCAGUUAUACUUUUCAAGAUUCAGUGAGACCCAAAAUAGCCCCUCCCAUUUCUAAAAAAGAAGACCCAAUCGUCGCUCGUCUGUUUCGUAAUCUCACAAAUCCUCCUAAGCCCAAAGACAAGGUUCUCUGUCCUUCUGUCAAAGUUGAAAGCAUUCCUGCCACGGCUAAGAAGUAA